UUUCAAUCUUAAAUAUUUGAUCUCUAGGGACCACGAAAAGGAUUGAACCCAAAUUGCUUUUGCUGUACCGGAAGUGACCGUGUACUUCGGCGUGUUUGUCAUUGACGUUCUUGGACCAGAACGAUCUGAAUACAUCAGGACGAUAUGAAGAUACUCGUAGUUAUAUGUUCAUUUGCCCUCGUGGUCUGUGAGACCUAUCAGAAAUACGACUUGCCCAAUUAUCAAAUGAGUAGGAAACGGACGUCGAUGGUGAGAACAAAGGUUCCUAGGAUCAUCAAUGGAGAAGAUGCGGACAUACAAAACUACCCCUGGCAGGCGUCGCUCCAGAUCCUCACAAGUCACACAUGUGGUGCAGUCGUCGUGUCGCGGAGAGCGGCUAUAACUGCCGCGCAUUGUAUCAAGAACGAAUAUAAAAGAUUUUAUAAACUCCAAGUUGGAUCAAGUCGUCUUUCCGGGAGGGGAACUGUUGUCGAUGUUGCUGAUGUUAUAGUACAUCCUAGCUACAAAAAAAGGCAUCCAUGCUUAUGAUAAGCUAUCCUGAAGUUUAAACAGAAUAUAGCAGGGACAUCAGCAAAGCUGGCUAAACCUGCUUUAAUUCCGAGAGACGACUCUGACUUCAGUGGCAAAUCAUGUGACAUUACCGGAUGGGGUAAGAUCGCAAGACGUGGAAGUGAUGGGAAUAGGUUAUUAUUGUCAAAAGAUAAACUGCAGAGGGCUUCAACUGUUGUAAUAUCUCAGAAAAAAUGCAAAACGUAUCGAUAUCCGAUCAAGAAAGAGCAUGUCUGUGUAUAUACAGGGCACAAUGGCGCCUGCAAUGGUGACAGUGGUGGAGCUCUAACCUGUAAAAACGUACUCGUUGGUAUUACAUCAUUUGGUAAAAAGGACUGUCCUGUCACCUUUCCAAGUGUAUAUACCCGGAUCAGCGAGUACAGAGAUUGGAUUAAAACAAACAUUUAGUAGGCAAUUAAACACGCCGUAAUCUAAAACCUUGUGAAGUUGCUGUGCUUGAAUUAAAAUAAUGGUACACUGUG